UGGUGGACGUGGGUGUUUCUUCCAGAAAAACUCUGGGAUUUGGGGUAAAAUGCUGGGUGCGUUUGCUGGGGUGGCAGGGACGGGGUUCGUGCGCUGUGUGCAUGGAGGGGGGAAGGCUCAGGGCUCUCGGCACAUCCUUGGCACCCCUGCGUGCACUGGGAUGCCGCCGUGGCUGCCCGUGCCAAUAUCCCCUCUCCCCCGGGCAGGCUGCAGUUUCCACUCGCCAUCCGUGGGGCUGGGGGCCGCUGGCAGGCCCGUGCUGGGGCUGGGGAGGGGACCCAGCCGCUGUGCCAGCAGGACACAGGCGGUGGCACACGCCCUGUGCUGCCCCACUGCCAGCCUCGAGUGCCGGCUGAAGGAGCGCAGGGCCCCGGAAAACGAGGACAAGGUGACGGUGUCCUGUGACGAUGGCUGGACGCUGACGGGCUGUAACGCCGUUCCCCAGAGCUCCAUGGGAGCCUAUGCCGUGGACAAUUCCUGCCUGGCACCCGCUGGCCCUGGCAGCAGCUGGGCCAUGGCCAUGGCCAUUUGCUGCCGGCGCCGGCAGUAGGGCCAGGCUGAGCUGGAGGCUCCUGUGGCACAGCGGGGAUGGAGGCUUGGCUGGAACGGUGUCACCCUGUCCCUUUCCAGGGCUUCCAGAACAAUCCACGCUCUUGACAUGCAGCUGAGGACCUCCACGCUUGGGCUGCCGUGCUGGUGGGGGAUGAAUGUCCCUCUGCCUCACACGCAGUGGGGUCAGGAUGCAGGACCAGCAUCCAGAGCGGCCCUGCAAGAGCUCUCCAAGCAUCCCCCAUGCACCAGAGCCAUCCCAGAGCCCUCUCCCUGCCCUGCACCGAGUUUUCCUAUAAACACCCUGACAGAACAAGCCAUGGUGUUGUCACCCAAAACAAAAUCUACCACCUCUUUAAAGAAAAAAGGAUUGUGAGGCUCACUCCUUCCUUUCCUGGUUAGCUGCUCAUUAGUUGUCAGCUAAUGCUGCUUAGCACCUGAAAAAUCUUAGUUUAGCCAUUUUUGGGCAGUUUUAUAAUUGCCUACUCGUAUUCCUAGGAGACUUCUUUACUUCUGAGUCAAGUGCAAGGGCUGUAGUUUAAACAGCCUGCUUGGUUAAUUAGAUUUUUUAUCUGCAUUGCUAUAGUCAGCUACUGCUUCAUUAGUGCUUUUUUUGUUAAGUCAAAGUUAAUGAUCUGCUGGUGUUAUGUGUCAACAGUUUCAGGUCUUCCCAAGACACAUAGAACUGUAGGAGGCUGCAAUUCCUUAAAACAAAAAUAGGAUGAAGGAAAAGCUUUCAUAGCACCUUAGUUUUUACAUUUGUACCUUAAAUAUUUAUUUGGAGUUUUAUAAAUGAACAUUUUAUAAAUGUCUUUUUAAAAUAAAACUUGCAGACCUGUGCUCUUGUGGUCCAUGCUCUGGCUUCAUAGACAUCCCUCUGGGGAACUGGUCUGGAAGAGGGAAGGGGGAUCCAGCAGGGAUUCUGCUCACCCCAAGAGCAGCCCCAGCCCCCAGUGGGAUCUGGGAUCCCAGGUGCUCCUGGAUGACAGCUGGCACUGUUGGAAGCUGGCACAGCCAGCACAGGGCCCUUGCCCACAGCUGGGUUGUGCUCUGUGGACUGUGUUAUCCACACAAACACAAGACCAAAAGUUUGUUUUAACAACAGAGGUGCAGGGCAAGAGCUUCCAGUUAUGGAAACAAACAUCACCCAGCUUUGGGAAUGUGCCCUUGAACUUGCAUUGUUCCUCCACUUGGGAAGGGCUGGAGCCCCAGGAAGGAGACAAAGCUUGGCUCAGAGAGAUGCCAACAGCAGGGAAAGGCUGAGAGCACUGAGAUGCACCAGAAGCCACCAAAGCUGGGUCUCACUUUCCUCUCAGCCUUUAGCAGCCUCCUGCUACUGCGAUAUAUCAUUUUUGUGGUGUUAUCUGAGGACAGAAGAAAAAAAAGAUGCAGUUUGAUACCACAAGCUCCAUGUUAACCUGUCAGACUUGGCUGGGUUGGGUGUUUUUCCUAAUACAAAAGCCCCCUGCAGUUCUGUUACUCUGGCUUUAAUUGGCAAGGGAAGACAAAUCCAGCACAAAACAUCACUUUGAAAGGUUGAAACUAAUUCCAACUUGUUAAAUAAAGCUGGCAAAAGCCCAACCCUAAUCUAAACAUGUAAUUAUAUAACAUGGACAUAAUUACAGCCCAUAAUUUGAUCAGCUGGAACCUGAAUUUUGCACAAAGAGGCAGAAAAGAAAAAAGGAUGUCAGCCUGAGAGCUCCUGGACAGCUCUGACUGACUGAGGGUGAUUUUUCAGCAGACUCCUUGGGCUGUCACCUCUGAAAACACACAUCAGGAUUUCAGCUCUGCUGCCUUCCCUGGGAGAGGGGAGGAUCCAGCACAAGGUGUGAGCAUGUUCCACGCCUGAUAAGCCAGACAGAGCUUCCCCAGCUCAAUUCAAGCCUUCAUAAUCCUGGUGGAAGGAAACAAUAUUAAAAGAUUAGCCCUUACUUUGUGCCUCGUACGUGGGUAGGUGGAAAAGCCUCUCACAUUCAGGAGAGCAGGGCUGAUCCCAAGGAUGCUCAUCCCAGUGCUGGCAGCAAUUUGCAACGCCCAGUCUGUGCUCCCAGGACCACCAGUGGAGAGCAGAGGCUGGAUCAGGCUGGAAAAGUGAAAGUCCUUGUCCUUAGAGCAGGUGACAAAGGCAGAGUGGGGAUGGCAGCUCUGGCUGUAGCACCUGGUUCCCAAAUAAGUGAGUAAUGGAACAGCAGCUCCGUGUGCACCUCUCUGCCCCUUGCCCCCGUGGGAGGCAGGAUGAAUUCACGCCCAGCUCGCCCACAAAUCUUGGAUCUGACACACAAAAUCCGCUCUAAUCUGCCACUGUGAGUGUGGCCAGGGUAAAUCACUCUGCUGAGGCCAGGAGAGGCUGCACAGAGCUACAGGUGUGACAGUGCCCCAGCACAUGCCGUGGCAUGAGGACAAACAGCAGCUCCAGGGCCACUCAGCUGCUUCCACUGACUCUGGGCAGGAGCCAGAACAGCAAUCAGGGCACCCCUGGGGAGCUCAGCAUCUGCAGGGCUGGCCCAAGGAGGUUCAGGAUAAGAGGAUCAACAAGACAAGAGCGUAGCAGCGUGUGCACAGUCUAAAGAUUACACUAGUUUUCUGUGAAAGGAAUAACUUUAUUCCAUUGACCAGGAAUCCCAAGACUGUUCAUCAAGACUGCCUAUUUUUCCAGUGCCAAAUGUCUACUCAUUAAUCGGACAAUAUCUCCCCGAGUGCUCACAGGCAGGCUGUGGCUGCUCCUCACUGAACAUUUUGUAAGCUGUAUAAAAACAUUUUCAUCCAAAAAGAUUGGCAGUAAAAAUUACAACAUAUAAAUGCAUCACAAUUUACACAAAAACUAAUUGUUGAACUCUAUUUUCCAAAAAAUAAUCUUCAGCAGGUUCAAAUGACAGCAGCUGGAAACAAAAAUAAGUGACCAAGUAUCAUCUUAUUGCAAAUUAUAACCACUGACUUUGUACAAGCGUGAGCAGAACGGUGAAAAAGUUUGUAUUGGUUUCAAGUAUACACAGUGGUGAUGAGCCAUCCUGAUGCAAUUCCCACCAAUGCUUCCCUGGGCCUGCGGCUAUCCAGGAUGUUGUUUCCAUAGGAAAUCACAGGAACCUGAAGUGACAAGUGGUGCCAACCCAUAGGAACAUGACCAGCUUCUCCCACCACAUCACCGCUGUGUACUGACUCCUUGGGAAGAUUCAUGAGCCAUUCCCAAAGCAUUUGGGGGGGUGGGGGAAGGAAGGAAAGGGGGUGUCCGUAAGAAAUGAUUGGUUGGAAAUUAAUUUAAAAGGUGUCACAUUUCAAAUGUCCCGGCACAUCAUCAGAAACAUUUAUAAAAUGCUAUCUCUGCCACGUCUCUGUGAAGAUGUUGUCUGGAAAAGGAAAGGGAGAGGCUCACUAGGGUGCCCCCCUGCCCCUGCACUCCGUGACGCCGGCUCUCCUACCCCACAAUAGGUUAGGAAGCUGUUCAGCUGACAUCACAUCCCGUGCUUACUUCCAACAGUGAAAUGACUGGUUACUUUCAAUAUUAGUGCACAACAGUGAAAAGCUGUCUGCUGCUCCGUGUUUUGGCAGCAGCGUGUGAAAAGAAACAAAAAAAGGCACUUUUUGGCUGGUUGUGCCUUUAACUUGGCAAAUUUGUCUAUUCUGGAGGUACCCAGGCACUCCUUAAGAUGUCCCCCGUUUCUGUGCAUGUUUGUUUUUAUAAUUUUUUUAAAGUAAGGCAGAAUCCAUAAAUAAAGGCAAAAAGCAGUGCAGAAAAUGUGACAAACACAAAAUGUACAAAAGAUGAAGUUAGUUGGCACAAAAGAAGCUUGAAUCCAGAGCCAGAAAUCACUGAACUGCACUUGACAUAGAAAAUAAAACUGUGCUCAAAUCAUCCCAACUGGUUUCCAGUUAUUUGUGAGCAAAUUAAAAGAGCUGUGAUAUUUUAAACGUUGCCUGGUCAAGUGAAAAUACAAACAAAGCCAAUUCUUUCUUUCCCCGUGUUAAAAUUGCUAUAAAAUCUGCACAACAGUGUUCCCAGCUCACUCAAGGAAUUAUUCAUCAUAUACAACCAAUACCAACUUUCUCAGUAAUUUCAAAGCAUAAGCAAGUGAUUGCAGAUCCAUGACUGAGACUACAUUUUAUUCAAUAUGUCUCCAAAGGUUAAAAAUAUUCAAUGAGUAAAACUGCAACAGAAUUCCUUCUUAAAGUGCUUUUUUCUUUUAAACUACUCAUUAACUUUUUUAUUUUUUUUUUUUUUAAAUUCAUCAACAUCCUUGACUAAUAAAUGCUUGCAUACCCAGAGAACAAAGCUUUU